AUGUCGCUCAAGUUUGACAACUUCCUCCAGCCGUUCCGUGGGAACGGGGACGAUUUCGGACGUUUUUGGGAUAAGUUUCUGGUGCUUGCAAACAUACAAGGUUGGGACACGGACGACAAGAAAGUGAAGAAUUUUCCGUUGUUCCUGACGGAUGACGCGUUUCUUGUAUUUUCACGGAUGCCGGCAAGCGAUCAGAAAGACAAAGAUAAAGUCUUGGCGAAAAUGGGACUGUCGUUCACUCUGACGAAGGCGCAGGCGUACGCCAGAUUCACCUCACGGACGAUGCGCGUGGAUGAGUCCCCCGACGCCUACGUUGCCGAUUUGCAGCGACUGAGUACUAUGGCGGGGCACAAGGCUGAUGACGACAAGGACCCGAUGAUCAUAGAGCAGCUGAUCAAGGGACUGCUGGUAGAGUUUGCCCGAGAGCUAAGACUUACGAUGGCGGGCAAAGAGUUGAGUGUGACGGGUUGCCUGGACGUGGUACGGGCGUUGAAGGCUGCGACCUCGGACCACUUGACACGAGUGCGUGGCGAUGUUGUUGUGGCAGCUGCCACCACGGAUGAGCAGGCAUGUUUCAACUGUGGCGGAGUUGGCCACAUGGCGCGGCAGUGCCCGAAAGCGAAGAAAUCUGGUCGCAAGAGUGGUGCUGGUGAAGGAACGCGCGGCGAGCGUACUGGCCCUCGAACCUGUUACUUCUGUGACAAGCCACGUCACAUGAAGAGUGACUGUCCGGAGCGUAAAGCCUGGCAAGAGCGGAAAUCGUCUGGAGCAGCAACGGCUGCAGACAGUGGCUCCCUGGCGAGGGGUGCGUGUUUGUGCACUGUAGCCGAGGCUACUAGAGCUUCACUGCCCAGAAUCUACGUUGACGUGCGAGGCGUGGUAGGCAGCAAAUGGGCACGUGCUAGAGCAGCAGUGGACACUUGUGCAAGUUACACAAUGGUUACGGUCGAGUUCCUCAAACUUCACAAGAUUCCGUUCACUGCUCAGCCACGUGUGUCUGUUGUAUCCGUGGAUAGCAGCAAGGUGAAGAUCAGAGGAGCAGUUGAUGUGGAACUGCAGCGCCAAGGGGAUGGUGAACCGGUUAGUCUGCCAAGAGUGCGUGUGAAUGCCUGCGUUGUCGACUCAUUGACGGCUGUGGCAGCAGACCUCCUCCUCGGUGCUGACGUUAUAGCUGGUGUUGGUGGCGUUCGACUCAGUUAUGGCCAGGACGGCGAGGUCAAUGGCGUGUGCUUUGGUCCUCAACCUAGAGAUACCGGUGCAGCCGCUACUGCUGCAGCUGACGUUGAGAGCACACUCCGUCAUGUGGACGUCACAGAGGACGAUCGUGGUGUGACCCUGAAGGCCGAAGACGGAGAGCUCCGGUGGGACAACGACAAGCAGCAUUGGACGUUGCACUGGCAGUGGCGUGAUGGGCAAGCUCCUACAUCUCCGAUCGGCUCAGGGAUCGGACAGUACGCGAGGCACAACCUGUCAGACAAGCAAGAGUCGCAGUUCUGUGACGAGAUGGACGCCUGGGUUGAGAAUGGCUACCUGAUCGAGUACGACGAGGCUACGUAUGGUCCUCCGGCGGCCAUCAUUCCGCUGCUCGCCAAGGACCAAGCCCACAAGGAGUCGACCCCAGUUCGUCCUUGUCUUGAUUACCGUGGCUUGAAUGCGGUGAUUAAGUCGAACCCAGGCACUGAUGCCCCAGCAUGCGGUGAGAAGAUCCGCAAGUGGCGACAGGUUGCAGACAGCCAGUUUGAACUUGUCGACAUACGUAAGGCGUACUUGCAGGUACGAGUCGACCCAUCCCUCUUGCGCUACCAAGUCGUGGUGUGGCGUGGGAAGCUGUACGCCAUGUCACGGAUGGGUUUUGGUCUAUCGAUUGCACCAAAAUUCAUGGACAUCAUUGUUCGGUGGGUGACGCGACGAUGGCCUGAUGUGGACAACUACGUUGAUGACGUCCUCACGCCAGCGGAGAAGCGCAAGGCCGUCGCUGCAGAGCUAGCACGGUAUGGCUUGCCGACAAAGCCACCAGAGCAUCUACCCGAGGCGCGAGUGCUUGGCCUGAAGCUAUCGACGACUGCUGAUGGUACCAUCAUGUGGGCUCGCCGCGAUGGAGUCGACCUCAGCUUCCGCCAACCGCUGACGAAGCGUGGUGUAUUCCAAUGGACAGGUCGGCUCACAAGCCACUAUCCAGUGUGCGCAUGGCUUCGCCCAGCCUGCUCAAUGUUGAAGCGGCUAUCAAGUGCAGUGGACAGAUGGGACACGCCGGUUCCACCUAGCGUUCUUCAGUGUGCUGACGAAGUUGCUGAGCAGCUGUCCGCUCAAGACCCCGUCCGUGGUGUGUGGCAUGCAUCAGCCGAGUCCGAUGGAGAUUGGGCUGUGUUCUGCGAUGCCUCGGAUCUGGCAGUCGGUGUGGUCCUCCAGCUGAACGGCCAAGUCAUCGAAGACGGUACAUGGCUGCGGGACACAGCCGAUAAGAAGCACAUCAAUGUGGCGGAGCUAGAUGCUGCGGUGCGUGGACUGUCGCUUGCAGCGCAAUGGCACCUGCAGACGGUACGACUCGUCACCGACUCAAAGACAGUGUACGGCUGGCUGAAGCAGGUCCUCGACAAUGUGCGCCGAGUGAAAGUUGGUGGGCUGCACGAGAUACUGGUUGAGCGGCGACUGGAAGUGAUUGCUGACUUCGUCCAAACGGUCGGCCUCAAGGUCCGAGUGGAGUGGGUGCCGACUGACCAGAACCCGGCCGAUGAGCUCACCCGUGUCCCGAGGCGGUGGCCCAAGGGUACAGCCGAGGCGAGUGAUGUUUGUUCUGUUUCUGUGGCAACGCACAAGCAUGCUAUCGGGCCCGUUACUCUCAGUGAGAUAAAGGAUGCGCAGCAAGCCGAUACCGAGAUAUCACAGCUGCUGGAUGAGCUGAAGUUGGGAACCCCCCUGUCGUCGAAGCUGUACAGACCGGUCCGUGAUCAGCUGUUGGACCAUGACGGUGUGCUGAUGCGUUCAGUAAAGCUGCCACUCGACGGUGUCGUGCAAGUGCCAGUCAUACCACCUGAGCUUGAAGACCAAGUACUGAAAGCAUCUCACAAGACCUCUGGCCAUGCCACCUGGACGACAAUGCAUGACUCACUGCGCAAGCGCUGCUAUAUGCCGCUGAUGGCCGAGAAAUGCCAGAGUGUUGUCCAAGCGUGUGUGCCUUGCUCUGCAGCUAACCCGGCACGGGGACCGACUGUUGAGCCAACGCGUCCAGACGUACCAGGACGACCAUGGGAGGUCAUACAGAUCGACACGUUGGAGCUUGGCCAGAGUGGAGCGCACCACUGCUGCCUGGUAUGCGUCGACAUGUUCACCAAGUGGGCGGAGGUACAGCCACUACGUCGACACGAUGCAGCGAGCGUAGCAGCCGCACUGAGCAAGAUCUGCUGCCGGUGGGGCCCGCCGUCUGUCAUUCGCAUGGACAACGGCACUGAGUUCCGGAACUCGGUCGUAGCAGCCCUCCUGGAACAGUUUGGUGUGGUGGUGAAAACGGGUGCAGUUCGACAUCCUCAAUCACAAGGAGGGGUUGAACGGCUCAACCGUACGAUCAUCGGUCUCCUGCGUAAGGCGCUCGAGGAAACCAGUGACUGGACGUCUGAGCUGGAGUUGGUUCUGUUCUACUACAAUAGACGUCGCCAUGCUACAACCGGAAUAUCGCCAAGGCUGGCCAUCACGGGCUGGGAAGGGCGCGAUCUAGUAAUUGAUCACGACCCGACAGCAUACAGCGCCAGUGAAUGGGUAGACCGACUCGCCGGGCGCGCUGCUCGAAUUCGAGACCUUGUUGAGUCGCUACUGUCCUCGAAUGACUCUGUGUCAGGCGGUCCAACAGAGUCACCAUACCGUGUCGAUGAUCCGGUGAUGCUACGUCGCCCAGAGCGGAGUCAGAAGCUCAUGACGCCAUAUGAGAGUGGCUGGACGGUGCUGAAGAUAGUCUCGCCAUCGACCCUGGUGAUCCAGCAUGCUGACGGCAGAGAGAAGGUCGUGAACGUUGAUAUCGUGAAGCCUGGACACGCCCAGCAGGUAGAUGGAACACUAGAUGAUGGUAACCAUGACGCUGCCGAAGAUCGCCCAGAGCCAGCUGCCUGUGAUAAUGUGGUGAGCAUCGAGUUUGCGGCUGACAUGCCGACUCAGCGCUACGAUCUCCGAGGCCCUGCCACAUUCAUUGUGAGCGUGCCUAGUGCAUCAUGCCACACGGGCCACGAUGUGGAGUCGGACAUUGGCCGCUGUAUGAGCGCAUACAGCCAGCGGAUUAGCAAAGAGGUCAUCGACCACCUUUUUCCCUUCACGGCCGAAGGUUUGAGAGAUGCCAGGGCCAUCCAAACCUUUCUCAAAAUCGAGUAUAGCCAGCAAACGGGUCGUGCUCAUCAUCCAGAACUGAAGGACAUUCGCUCCCACAUUGCUCUGUCCACGCACAAACUUCAGCAGUCACGGCUUGACCAGGAGGAGAUGACCUUCAAGGCACACGUGUGUUACGUCUGUGUGCGCAUUAUAUCAUAG